AUGGCUGAUCAGCAACCACGCAGCAUGAAGGUAAAGGUUGAGGAGGAGGGACAUGGGAGCUGGACAACGACAUUAUUGUCUCAGGGCUCCGGGGCGGCGGGCCAGGGAGACGGGCCGGUGGUGGCGAAGCUGCAGAAGCGACAGGCGGUGCGGCGCUCGCUGGUGUACUACCUGAAACAGCGCGAGGUGAGCGCUUGGAGUCUCGCCAAGGUGCAAGGCUUCCAGGGUGACAUGCGUGGCUACGUGGUGCAGAGGCUGCCGGAGAUGCUGCGCGAACGCCAGCUGUUCCUCGGCACCAUGAACAAGGUGUUCGCCUCGCAGUGGCUGAAUGCCAGUGAAGUGGUGUGCAGCACCAAGUGCAACACGCUUUUUGUAGUGAAUGUGCAUACGGGCCACAUCAAGCAUCUCCCACUCCUGCGAGACAUGCCCCCCUAUGUGGCCUUGGCCCAACCCACCCGAGGCAUCCAUGCCAUACAGCUAAAUCCUUCCAAGACGCUUCUGGCCACUGCCGGUAAGAACUCGAGCAGCCUAGCGGUCUACCAGCUGCCCACUCUCACACCCUACUGCUUGGGUGACCGCGAAGGCCACACGGACUGGAUCUCUGCUAUUGCUUGGGUGACUGACACUGUGGCCGUGACUGGAUCCCGUGAUGGCACUGUGGCACUCUGGCGACUAAGCUCUGAUAUGUUUACUGGCAGCAUUACUUGGCACAAUGAUAGGAAGCUUCAGACGUAUGGUCACAUAUGUCCUAUAUUUGUGGAGGCCAUCCCUACAUACUCCAACAGGGUGAAUAAUCAAAAGGUGCGAGCCCUGGCUUUCAAUGCCCAAAACCAGGAGUUGGGAGCGUUGUCCCUGGAUGGUUACGUCCACAUGUGGAAAGCAGAAAACAACCUCUCCAGGCUGCACUCCGUGAGGCUACCACACUGCCAUGAGAACUUGUGUCUGACCUACAGUGAUGAGUUCUCUCUUUAUCUUGUGGGUUCCCAAUCUCACAUCUCCUUCUUGGAUCCACGGCAACCCCAGAAAAAUAUCCUGUCCAUGUGCACCCAUGAACGCAGCCUGGGUAUACAUUCACUUAGUACCCAGCAGCAUAUUGUUACUGUUGGCACUGGACGAGGCUCUUUGCACUUUUGUGACAUUCGCACCCAGAAAUUCCUAGAGGAGAAAGCACCAGAUGAUCCAGAUGCCAUUCCCAGUCCUACAGGAAAGAAGUUGAAACUCUCCUGUAGCAGAGGCUGGCUCAUCCAAGAUAACCUUUGGCUGAACUCCUAUGUUGGUAUGCAGGAAUUUCCAAACGCACUCUACACCCACUGCUACAACUGGCCAGAGCUCAAGCUUUUUGUUGCUGGGGGUCCACUGCAUUCAGACCUCUAUGGGAACUAUGUAGGCCUCUGGAGCUAA